AUGUUCUCACUCAGACGGACCAUCACCGCUUCGGCGAUUCUGGCAGUGGCCCACGGGCAGGGCGUUCUGUUGCAGGCACAGGGUUCAAACAACGCGCCGGCAAGUCUGGGACUGCAAGUCAACUCGAAUGAUACAUCCGACGCCAACUUCAUCUCUACAGCCGAGAUCACCGCAAAUGUUGUGAACGAAUGCGGCAGAACUCUGCAGGCGGGCAACAUCGAUAUCGGUGCCAAUACCGAGGACGCCAUCGCAAAUAAUCAGAUCACAUCAGUGACGCAGGGCAGCGACGUCGCCGUCACCAUGUCGCAGGUCAAUGCCGCCGGCGCUGGCCCCUACACCUGCGACAUGGACCAGACGAGUAACACCCUCGGUGCUGACGGCCAGACCAAGCUGGCUGUGAACGAGGCAGACCCGGAUAACAACGGGAACAUCAAGCUCACUGUGACCAUGCCCGCCAACAUGACAUGCACUGGAGCUUCAACUGGCAAUAUCUGCACCAUCCGAUGCUUCAAUGACAAUUCAUUCGGCGGAUGCUUCUCGGUGCAGCAGACCGACACCACACCCGGCCAGAACAGCGCGAACACCAUCACGACGGCAGCCAAGUUGGAUGCCAUCCUCUCGCAAGUACAGCAGGACAAGGUCGACCUGCCGGCCGCCAUACAAGGCAUUGCUACUUCCGGUCCAAGUGAGGCGGACAAAGGUGUGUCCGUCGUAGAGUCCAUUCAGGCAGCCGACCCGGCCACGAACGCGCUUGACGAAAGCUUGCUUGCCGAUAACACUGGCAACGCCACCAAUGCCAAUGCUGGCACCGCCAAUGCCGGCACCGCCAACGCUGGUAACGGCAACGCUGGCAACGGCAAAGCUGGCAAAGGCAAAGCUGGCAAGGCCAACGCUGGCAAUGCCAACAACGGGAAUGCCAACGCCAACAAUGCUAACGCUGGCAAUGGCAAUGCCAACAACGCCAACGCUGGUAAUGCCAACAACGGGAAUGCCAACAAUGCCAACGCUGGCAAUGGCAACAACGGGAACAAUAAUGGCAACAGAUUCGGCGGAUUCGGCAAGGGUAACAACAACAAGCGUCUUCGAUGGGUCCAGAGGAUUUGA